GUAAAUCAACGGAGGAAAGCCCAUCGCAGCACAGCGUUGACGCUUCGCCCGCUUACGAGUCCAUCAACAACUCCCCUUCUUUUUAAUUUGUGUAUCUUUGAGUUCUCCGUUUUCGCGGCACUUCAAAGAGGUACCUGUACUACUAAACGAUCUUAAAGACGCAACUUCACCUCCUACGCCAGCAUUCUUAAAACAAAAGCCCAGACAAUCAAAUGGAGUCCGCUGCGCAAUCGAAGAACGGGUUUGACGCCGCAAGCAGCCGUGGUGCGGCGGUCAGCAGCCCCAACGGCACCGGCCCCGUGACCACGCAGGUCAAGAAGCAGCUCUUCAUGUCCCAACGUGCGGAGCGGCUGAAGGACCCCAAGGUGCGCAAGAUGGGCAUCGACCGCGAGGCCCUGGACGCGCAGGUGCGGGAGAUGGAGGCACUGCGGCGUCUGGAGAAGGAGCGCAACGACUACUACGACCGCCAGGCUUUAUUAAUGGAUCGGCACGCGUGUGCUCUGCAGCAGGAGGUGAAUGCGAUCCGCUCCGCCCGCGAAAAGGAAAUGCAGGAUUACCGCAAGACCUUCCAGAAGAAGGAGCUGGGACGCGAGUGGGACCUCAACGACCCGGAGGCGAAGCGCAAGGAUCUGCCGGCGCGUGUCGGCGACGAUGACCCCCGCAACGGCCCGUCGUCGCUGCAGAAGUUCGAGGGCGAGGAUCUCGACUACGCCGCCCGGCGGGCCGCCCAGCAGCGGCAGCAGCGGGAGUGGGCUCAGCAGCAGGUGAAUGAGAAGCUGGCGAAGAAGUGGAUGGAGCAGGAGCGCGACCGCGCCUACGACGACCGCAACGAGGAGACGAACAACCGCCUGCACGAGACGGAGCGGAAUAUUGCGGAGCAGCGCCGGCUGAUGGAGAAGAACGCGGCGGACUUCAACCGGGCGCUGGCGGAGCAGCAGCGACGCGAGGCUGUGCGUGCCAAGGAGGAGAACGACCGCCUCGGCCUGGAGGAGAUUGCGUACCAGAUGGACAGCGACUUUCUUAACGAGCGCGAGACCGUCGUCGGCGAGCUCGGCGCCACCGUGAAGGCGGAGCGCUACAAGGGCUUGACGGACAAGCAGAAGUCUCAGUUCCGGGAGGACCAGGACGAGCAGCUAAGCGAACUGCGCCGUCGUCGUUUGUUAGAGGUUGAGGAGAAGAAGCAGUGGGCGCAGCAGGAGCACAUGCAGCUGCGCAUGGCCAACGCGCUGGACCGCCAACGCGAGCGGGAGCGCCGUGCAGAACGGGAAAAGCUUGCCGAGACGCACAAGAUGCAGGCGGAGGCCAGUGCGCAGCGAAAGGCUGACUUAGACAAGCUCUACACCAACCAGGUGGACGAGGACUACUUCAAGUACUGGGACCGUGCUCUGUAG